AUGGAGAAAUCCACUGACAAGCUAAACAAUGAAAACGGAUCGCCAGCUCCUGGAGUACCACAGGCUGAGAAGGAUAGUCCUGCGCCCACGGCAGAAGGUGCUGCAGAAGUGAGCGGAGCAGGGCCCCCAACAGAAAACGCUGCAGACGCGGAGAGACUGGGGUUCGCUGAAGAAUGUACUAAGGAAAUGGAGAGACCUUCAGGCACAGAGCGAGACAGUCCUGAUGACUUUAAACCAGCGAUUUCGGACAGUGGCUGUCCAAACUCAAAGCCUCUUGUUAUGCUAAAGAACAAAAACUCUCCUGAAGUAUGCAGUCUUGAAAUGAAUGGCCAGUGUUCAACCGCAACAUCCAUUGACAUGGACUGCCUAGUCUGCUUCAACAAGUACAACGUCUACAGACUACCAAAGCUCCUGGACUGCCAGCAUGCCUUCUGCGCCGUCUGCCUCAAGCUUAUCCUCAGGAAGGAAGAGAGUACUUGGAUAAUCACCUGCCCCCUGUGCAGAAAAGCCACUUUUGUGUCAGGAGGACUCAUCCGCACACUUCAGAAUAAAGAAGACAUCAUGGAGCACUGGGAAAACCCCAAUUCAAAUCCUGAGGUACACGUCUCUGCCAUAGGGCUGGACAGCAACAGCUGGACUCAGGCCAGCCAAGAUGCUUUAUACAGAGACGAAACCGUUCCGGCAGACAACAAACUGGCUAUCCAGAGACUUGUGCUGCUCCUGCUGCUCGUGGUGAUCCUCACCAUCCUCAUCCUCCCAUUUAUAUACUCUGGGAUGAUAAAAUGGGUAAUUUGUCUCAUGCUUGUUUUGGGGUUGGUCAUGUCUAUGGUGCUUUGUUGCACUCCUAAAUUCUGCUGGAGGUUUAACAGGGACUCACUCACCUCCUGCCACAAGGAGACCCACAUCACUGCUAUCGCCUGA